UCUCUCUCUCUUCAACGUUUCUCUCUCUUUUCCUCUCCCUCUCCCCCUCCCUCUCCGCUGCUCUUAUCCCCUCUCUCUCUCACUGCCGCUCCACCAAUCGUGCCUUUGCCGCUCCUCCUCGCGGUCGCCGUAUAUUGAAUUUUUUUGUUGAUUUGUUGUAGAGUAAAUGUUUAGUAAGUUUCGGUAGAUAAGUGGUGAAAAAUUGGGUUUUCGAAAAUGGUAGGGCCAACGAAUGGAAGCAGAACCCGGCAGGCCUUCUCGGUUGUCAAUGGCGGUCAAGAUCUUGCUCCGGCUAACGGGCUGGCUAGUAAUGUUGGUUCUGAUUGUGGUAGUGUUGAGUUUACAAGAGAGGAAGUUGAGGGAUUAUUGAAUGAGAAGAUGAAAACAAAGAACGAAUUCAAUCUUAAGGAGAAAUUUGACCAAAUGAUGAAGUAUAUUAAAAGGCUUAGGCUUUGUAUUAAAUGGCUCCAAGAGUUUGAAGGGAGCUACCUAUUGGAGCAAGAGAAGCUAAGGAAUUUGCUAGAAAUGGCAGAGAAGAAAUGCUCUGAUAUGGAGAUGCUAAUAAAGGCGAAGGAAGAGGAAUUGAAUUCAAUUAUUAUAGAGCUGAGAAAAACUUAUUCAUCAUUGCAAGAGAAAUUUAUGAAGGAAGAAUCAGGUAGAUUGAUUGCUUUUGCGUGGGCUAUUAUGGAUGUGUACGAAGAGCAUUUGUUUUGUAUAUGGAAGACAUUUAUUUUGGAACAAUCCUUUGUUUUGGAAAUCCAGUGUUUUUUUUUUAUGUAUUAUUUAAUUUAGAUGGAUUAUACUUGAUUUAUAUGGA